AUUCAGAGGUCGCAGAACGAGAUCUCGGCCCGCAGGAGAAGAGAAAAGAGCAGCACACUGCCAAUCGAAACUAACCGUUUUGCACAGAGAUCCUGCGCCGGAUGAAAACGUCAUCUGGACUAUUAUGUGAAUAUUGUGAGGGUCAACUUCUCUGUCUGGAUCUGAACUGUAUGGACAGAUACAAUGAGGCGGAUGGGCGUACACCCAGAAUGUUCCUUGGAGAUCAAGGGCGAGAAGCAUUUUGAUAGUUGGGAAAAUGCAGGAUAAGAGAUUUGUAUCUGAGAGUCGGGGGCUAAGGGUUCAGCCCGAAAUGGGUGUCUUCUCCUCUCCACACACCCGGACGGGUAACACCAUCAUCAGCACCGUCAAACAGCAGGAUUACUCCGCCAUGAUCUGGCUGAAAAGAAGAGAUCAAAUGGAACGGUCCCAGCAGAAGUGCAUCGCUGUGUUCGCGCUGGUCUGCUGUUUCGCCAUCUUGGUGGCUCUGAUCUUCUCUGCUGUGGACGUCUGGGGAGAGGAAGAGGACGGAGUCACUGAGGAAAACUGCAGCAAAAAUUGUCGUAUCGUCCUUGUUGAGAACAUCCCAGGAGAGCUGUCCUUCAACUCCAAUAGCACAACUCAUCUCUCUCUCACUUUGGGUCUCAACCAACUAUUGGACAAAGCCAAGCUGUCCGUCGAGAUAGUGUCACCACAAUGGGCCCUGACAUCCAGCGAUGAGGGGUCUCGGCUUUAUCCUGCAUAUCAGGGUCAGUUUUUGUUUCAGAGACUGCUAAGUCUGAAAUCUCGAGGUGUCAGAUUAAAGAUCGCCAGUGACCAGCCCAACUCCACUGAGCUGAAAGGCUUGACCGACCGCUAUGCAGAAGUGCGCUACGUCAACAUGACCGCCUUCACCAGAGGAAGACUCCUGUCCUCUUUUUGGGUGGUGGACAGGAAGCACAUUUACAUCGGCAGUGGCGGCAUGAGUUGGAAAGCGCUGUCCAAGCUGAAGGAGCUUGGAGUUAUAGUGUACGACUGCAGUUGUCUGGCUAUGGACCUGCACAGGAUCUUUGCUCUCUAUUGGCAGCUGCAGUACAGAGACUACAUCCCUUCAAUCUGGUCCAAGAGAGUCACAGCCGUGUUCAGCAAAGAUGAACCGCUUGAGCUCAAACUCAACAAUACAGACGCUUACGCAUACGUGUCGACGUCGCCGGAGCUCUUUUGCCCAAAGGGUCGAAGCCGUGAUAUAGAUGCCAUCCGGCACCUUAUCCGAGAAGCGAGGAGAUUAGUCUACAUCUCUGUAACAGAUUACCUGCCCUUGGUGAACCGCAGCUUGCGAGGAUCUGUAAUUAUAAGAUAUUGGUCACCAUUAGACGAGAUGCUCCGAGAGGCCGCAGUUCUGAGAAAGGUCAAAGUUCGUCUCCUGAUAAGCCUGUGGGCACACACACACCCGCUGACCUUUAACUUUAUGACAUCAAUGCAGGCGCUGUGCACAGGGCUCCCCGGCUGCUCUGUCGAGGUGAGAUUUUACAGAGGCAAGGAACAGACGGGAGGGAUAAAUGAGAAUAAAUUCAUGGUGACAGACAAAGCGGUAUACAUAGGGAAUCUGGACUGGGUUGGCAGUGAGUUUGCGUUCAAUGCAGGAGCCGGUCUGGUGAUUCAGGAAUCGCAGAGCCAGCCGCAGGACGGUCAGAACUCUAUUGUAGAGCAGAUGACUGCUGUAUUUGAAAGAGACUGGUUUUCACCCUACACAAUAAGCCUGCAGGCUGGCAAGAACAUCGUGCAGGAAAGCCAAAACACGUGGCAGAAAGUACAGGCUCUGAAGACAAAACCAGAGAGCAGAGAGAGUUAUUGAGCGCAGGGAAUCUUCUAAAGCGGGACCAAGAAGCAAAGCACACAGUGGUGCCUCCGAACAUCUGUGCCAUGACACUGAACAACUGACUCUUUUAAUCCUGUCAAUGGAACUUAAUUAUAGUCUUCAAAGGACUUUUGUGGAGGGAACAAUUUUUUAGUGUGUACUCACAUUUUUACAUUACAACAAUUUCAAUAAAACAUAUUCCUGUAUUACAGGACAUAAUGCAUGCUUAUUUAGAUAAGCAAACUCUAGUAACUGUUGACUGUGCAAAUAGUCAACAUUCAUGAACUCAAUUUUCAAAGACCAAAAUAUUCAAACUUGAGGCUGCUCGAGGAGGAUUUUCAAGAAAGGACAUUGCCAAACGUUUAUAUUUGUUUUUCAUGAAAUGCUUCACUGAGAUCAUUACCACAAUUUUUUUAAUUAAUAUUUUUUGUAAACUAAAAACUCAAGAAACAUUUUGAUUAUUACAGUAGUAUGCAGUACACAGCCUUUACAUACUUUAUACUAUGCACCAUUUUUUUCUGUUUGAGUAGACACUAUAGCACCUAUAUACUGUGUACAUAUAUAAAUUGUUUACAGAGGCAUGCACAGUAUUGAAGCUUGAACUAUAAUAUCACUUGCACAAAAUAACUUUCAUGUGGAAUGCAAGCUAAGCUUACACCCUUUAAAUAUAGCUUUAAAGAAUAGCUUUUUAUAUUUAUUAUGACAUUUUAAUCUCAAAAAUCUUUAUCGACUGCUUUUUGCUGCCCUGCUACAGGUCACAUGACUUUGAUUUCUCUGCUGUUUGUGGCCUGAGGCUAAUAGCAUGUCUUUGCCUUAUAUAUGCUGCUAUGAACCGUAUCUGUUGUCGCUUUCUGGAUGACUACCUCCUAUUACACAAUGUAUCUUGGUAUAUACCCUGUACGUAUAUAUUAUGAAACUGCUUGCAUGGGUAAUAAUUUGGACCAAGUUAUAUUCCAAUGUGCAUAAUGGUUUUCUUACAUGGAAUGAAUACGAGUGUA